UUCGUGUAAAUAUAAUAUAUAUAUAUAUAUAUAUAUAUAUGAGCAACGGGGCACUGUUUCGGACUUGCAACAGUUCGCCGCUUCGUAGUUUUCGUAGUAAGAUCGCACGAUUGUAACCAUUACAUCAUUAAAAGCAUAAAUCUAACCGUAGAUAGAAAUCACAAUAACGUCGCUCGUAUACCAAGCUUAAUAAGCUUGCUAAACUUAUUUUGUACUCUGUGAUAAAAAUAUGCGAAACAAGAACGAUAUAUUAUUCUUCCUUUUUUAAAUUUUUUUCUUUUUUUUCCAAACUCAGAGUAUUACGUUUUAACAUUUGGAUUUACAAAAUUUUAUAAGAAUAUAAAAGAUAAAAAAAAAAUGAGACACUACGAGCAGAUUAUGAAGUAAGAUUUACCAGUUUAAUCUAAAGGUUAAGAUAACAAAUAAUUUAAAAUCUAUUUUAAUUUAUGAAAUAGCUAGUUCGUUUUAUUGGCGUUAUUUUUUAAAUUAGAUUUGUUGAAAAUUAAUGGAAUGCUUAUUAUAUAAGAUAAAAAAAAAUUGGAUAUGUGGAAUGUCGGAGAUUUGCAGCCAGACGAGAUGAAUCAGAUUCGAUGGAGCAUAAAAUCAGCAUCACCAGCCGCAUCAGCGAUUGCGGCAGGCAAGAGGCAAAAGACCGAUGGAUGGACCAGCCGUCACGAAGCGGGCCGACGUUCCUGUACCAAACGAGAUUAAUAGAGAUCCGCCUGUCAGCCGGACGCCUCUCCGUCUGAGCGAGAUCCAGCGGCUUCCAGACGGCCAGUCUUCUCGCAGAUCGCAACCUGCGUGGGCAACAACCGAUCGUGAUCGAUCGCACGGUGCGUCCUCUCUGGACUACCGCUUUGCAUGUCGUGUGCGUGCGAGUCCAAGAGUAUUCCUUAUACCACGAAUCUUCUAGUCAUCCGCGCGCGAACAUACAUAGAACAUCUACGUUUAGAGAAUAUCAAUAAACGCUAUACGUAUUAUUUAAACGGUAAACAAUCCGUGCAUUCUCGAUACACAAACUUGUUUUCAAAUAUUUACGCCACGAUAAAUCGUAUUCGACCGAUUUACGUCCAUCGCUAUUCGUACCGAUGCGAAUACAAAUCACGAGAAAUCGGUGGGCCGUAUUCGGUGGCUUCACCUUAGUUUGCCUCGCCAAUUUGCGAUUAGCGAUCGGUGACGAAAAUGAAGGCAACGAAAGUAGAACACACAGGGAAGAGGUUCGACAACACGUAUGCUGUGCAAGACAUGAGAGAAUGAUCGAUGUUGGAUACGGAAUAUCGGGUGAAAUUAUCCAAAUUGAUGCGGGCCAUUGUCGUAAAUUGUGUCCGCGACACGUGUUGGACGAUCCAGGAGACGCGAGUCGGCCCACUGUCCAGAGAUGCUUCCCGGAAUCGCAUUGCCGUCCAAAGGCAUCGAAACUAGAGAGGGUGUCGACGAUUCAAGGGGUUCGCGUGAUCGAAGUCACGGAAGCCUGCGAGUGCACAUCGGAUUCCUCUUGUAGGCGGGAAUCUUUCACGCAUCUCGUGCAUUCCGGCACUCCUCAUCAAGCCGUGAUGGAUGUCGGUGUGUGCAUGGGUCACUGUGCUAAAGAUCUUGGAUGCAAACCGGUGAGGAACAGUACGGUUAGCAUAAAAGGACCGAAUGGAGACGAGGUGUAUCAGGUGAUCGAGAAAUGUGGUUGCGCUGGAACAUGCCACAAAAUGGACCACAUGGAGACUGUUCUAGAUUUCAGCGAAGUCGAAAUAAAGGACGGUACGAAUACAACAGAUGUGAGGCCGGUCGUUCGGCAAAUUAACGUGGGCCAAUGCGUUGGGACGUGUCCAGGAAACGAGACGGAAAUGUGUCUUUUGAGAGACAAAAGAGAGCCAUCGAGAUGCUUGGCGGGCCUGUACUCGAAGCAGCACACUUGCACACCUGCUAGAUUCAAAGUUCACGAGUACAGGUAUUUGGAUGUUGAUCGUCGAUGGUCAAGAUGCAAUUAUCCAUUCAUUCGUGGGGUUAUUCGUUUGUUUUCAGGACUCGUCGUGGAUCGAAGAGAGAGAUCAUUCAAAUUACCCAGUGUGCCUGUGUCUAAAUAACGUAAAGAAGAUGGAGAGUCUUGGUCCGUUCGAUCCAACCAAUGGAACAGACUUAUAGAUACAUCCAAGCUAUUUUAUGCGCCGCGUAAAACCAUUUCGAUGUUCCUACAUGCACCGUGUAUUGGUAUGACAAAUAAACGUACGAUGACUUUUUAAAAAAA